AUGGCAUCCUCCUCUGCUGCAUCCAAGUAUGUUGUUCCUGAGCUCACUCAGGAUGACGUUCCUGGUGGCGCCUGCUGCGUGGAUGAAACGACCUUCGCCACGCAAUUCCCCAGCUAUCUGGAGAGUUACAUCCGCAGUGUGUGGCCAGCUGUGGAGACGGUCUUGGGGCAGCACCAACUGGUCGGCAAGCUGGAUUUGAUGGAAGGCUCCAUGACGGUAGCAACAACGCGGAGAACUUGGGACCCCUACAUCAUCGUGAAGGCCCGAGACUUCAUUCGACUGCUAGCCCGAAACGUUCCGCUGGCGCAGGCGCAAAAAAUUUUUCAAACGGAAAUUACAUGUGAUAUUAUUCCCAUUUCCAUGAAGGGCAACAGCACGCGUCGCUUUAUUAAGCGACGGGAUCGACUAGUCGGCCCCAAGGCGCAGACACUCAAGGCGUUAGAGAUUCUUACGGGUUGUUAUGUUCUUGUGCAGGGCAAAACUGUGGCGGUGAUGGGACCAGUGAAGGGGUGCCAGCAGGUGCGAAAGAUCGUUGAUGACUGCAUGAACAAUAUUCAUCCCAUUUACGGUCUGAAGCAACUGCUUAUCAAACGAGAGCUUGCGAAGCGUGAGGAUUUGCGACAUGAAGACUGGAGUCGGUUUAUUCCCGUCUACAAGAAGAGUGUGCAGAAUAAGGAGAAGGCGAAGGCGGUGCGAAAGGUCAAGAAGGAACGCCUCAGGGUCUCUCUGAAGAAGCAGGCGGGGAAGGAGAAGUCCAUCUUUCCGCCCGCCCCGCCAAAGCGUAAGGAGGAUCUCGCGAUGGAGAGCGGCAAGGCCUUCCUUUUGCGGCCGCGGCAGCGCAGGCAACAGCCGAAACGCGAUGACUACCAGAUUGAAUAG